UAGGUGAAUUUUUUUCCUUUUUUUUAAGUAGAACAUUUAAGAAGAUUUUUAGUCAAAGUCAGCUUAGUUCUCAAUUUAGCCACAAGUACAUGGCAUACUGAGAACCAAAAUUGCAUUACUCUCAGACCCUAGGUGCACAACAGAUAAUAAUACAUAAAGUACAAUUUAAACAAAAGAAAAAUUACAAUAAACACAAUAACACACAUAAUAUAAUCUAAAAAAUAUAAGUAAAAUACAAAUUGUAUAGAAUUACAAUUAAGGGCACAUGGCAAGAAGUGCAAACCAGAGUUGUGCAAUUGCAAACAGUAUGUAGUGCAAAAAGCUUGCAAGUAUGAUAAAGUGUCAGUGCCUUAAUAUUAUGCAAGGAGAAAGUAUGAGGUAACUAGCAGUCCAAUGUUACACAAAUUUAAUGAUGCAGAUCUGUAAGUGUUUUUAGAAGAAACUAUGGUUUUUAGUGAUUCAUAAAAUUCAAGCAAACAACUACAGGCAUUUUGAGAGACAAAAAAUUAAUACCUGUGGUCCCUAAUAAUACAUGGUAAUGAUACAUUUUAUGGGAUGAAAGGAUCAGUCUGUCUAAUAUACAGAAUUUUUAUCUACAUUCAUACUAUUCACAACAUUAUUGCCUGUAAGCCUCAAAUGGCUCGGAAUGAUAAACUAAGGAAAAUUAUUGCAUUUUGUAUUAUUAAUAAUGGGAGUUUUGAUAACAAAGUAACGCCAUUGCCUAAUUAAUCAUUACAUAAACAAACUGGUGAAUCUGUUGGGGGUAUUUUUUGUCAAAUUUGUCCAUUCUCUAAGGCUGUAGAUAAGAGCUGUUAGUAAUGUUCAGUUUGUUUCGAAAGAUGUGAAUGAAGCAAUGUAUCAAUCAUUCAAUUCAGCCCCAAGUAUUUAAUUAGUUUUUCCUUUAUAUGUUUUCUUUUUCGCUAGUACUCAUUUUGUAAAUCACCAAGGACCAAAAUGUAUUUACUUUUAAGUGAGCAAUUUUAAUAUGAAUUUUUUUUUCUAUACAGGCAUCAAGUAAUAUGGGACCGAUACAUGGGUGUUAUCAAAAGCUGCAUCCUGAAAAUGUACCAUGACUAAAACACAUGCUGCUAGUUAUCGUGACCAAAUUUCCCCUUUAUAAGUAACAAUACAGUUUCUCUAUGUUUGUAAGCGUUAUUCUUUUCUCUUUUUUUAUUUUAUUAUUUUUACACUUUUUAGCAAUACAGUUGCACUAAUACAGUUGCACUACUGUUUGUAAAUGUUUCUACCUCAGCUCAGUUUAUAUAUAUUAACGUAUUCUUCUUGUAUAGUAUAAGUUAAGUAAACCUAGUUUUCCACAAAUCUGCCUUUUUUUCCUGUUUCUCAAAGUGGUCAUUAGGACAGUCCUGUUACUGAUUAUGCAGGGUAAUAGUAGCAGCAUGGGGUCUUCAGUUGGCUGGUCAGCUCUGCAGUGGAUGGAUGAGGAGACACUUUUACUACCUUAUAAAAGGCCUGACCUGGGACAGCUGUCACCCUCUACAAAUGGUCAUGGAAAAUUCUUGCAUAAACGUCCUCAUGGGAACAUUCCCUGCUGUUUCUGAAAGUAGGCUGCCUCUGUUUCCAUCAAAGCCAUUGUCUUAAUGGUGCUCAACCUUCUUUGUGUAAUGAAGACGCAUGAUGUUUCUGGCAUCGGCUAGUGUUUUACAGUCAAAACAGAGGCCUGGCCUUCUUUUUUUUUACUUUUUUUUACCCUGUCUGCAUUCCUUUUCGACACCCCCUAGUAAAUACCCAGCAGUGUCAGACACAAGCAAGCUUGAUCAGUACGAAAGUUUACAAGGCAGAGUGAAUUAAAAAUGGGAAGUAAUUAAGGAUUUGUCUAACAAAACCCAGAUGGAUUGUUUUGCCGCCGGACAUGAUUUAGUUUUUUUGUUUGAUGAAUUUUAAGAUUUACUCCAGAAAGCAGAAAUUUAUGUCAUUUGUGGGCUGAAGGAGAAACAUGGCAGGAGGGUGAAGGGUGGCAGAGGUGCAGGAGCCAAACGGGACUGGGUGGAGGGGAAGAAGUGGGACGUCCUAGACUCCUUACAAUAGCAUUACACCUUUCCUCACAUUCAUAAUACACUUCCCAACAGAUUUCAGUGCCUAGGUCUUGUUUGUGCUCUGCUAUAUGCUGCCAGAAAGAGAUAUAAGGAGACUUUGAGACUGAAGAAUAUAGCAAGAAAAGUCUCACCUCUCCUGUUUGCCUGCCCUCUUUUUAUAUCCCCAAAGGAACUGAACAGACCCUCCUGCACUUCUGUUCCCUCUCUCAUUGAACCUUUUGGAGUAAAAGUGUUUUAACAACACCUAUACAUUUGUUCAGCCCUCCUUCCAGCUGUGUAUGUGACAGUGUGAGUGUCCUGUAACUAUGAAGGCCACAUAUGUGUUUGUUUGCGUGGGUCUGGCUCUUCUUCCUGGUACAAUCUGCCAGUCUCCUGCUGAAAGUGAAGCUUACACAGACUGUACAGAUGGCUAUGAGUGGGACGAGCAGACUCAACUCUGUCGAGACAUAAAUGAGUGUGAGACCAUUCUGGAGGCCUGUCGAGGAGAAAUGAAGUGCUUCAAUCAUUAUGGUGGUUACCUGUGUCUUCCUCGCUCCUCCUACGUGAUCACUGCACCUGAGACUGCCAGCCAAUCAGAGCCCAAUGUGCCUGUGCCAGUGCCAGAAAACGAGGCCUUCAACCCAUGUCCACUUGGCUACAGGGCCCAAGGAGAGUCCUGCGUGGAUAUUGAUGAGUGUGAGCUGAACAUGCAUGACUGCCAGCCCAGCCAGGAAUGUAUCAACACAGUGGGCACCUUCACCUGUCAGUGUCCUGACGGCUACAGCAAGAUUGGCAUAGAGUGUGUGGAUAUCGACGAGUGCAGGUACAGGUACUGUCAGCAUCGCUGUGUGAACGUGCCAGGAUCUUUCUCUUGUGAGUGUGAACCAGGCUUUCAGCUGGCUGGAAACAACCGAUCCUGUGUUGAUGUAAAUGAGUGUGAAAUGGGAGCACCUUGUCAGCAAAGGUGUUACAACAGUUACGGGACGUUCCUGUGCCGCUGUGAUCAAGGCUAUGACCUGGGACCUGAUGGCUACUCAUGCAAUGACAUCAACGAGUGCAGCUACUCCAGUAUCUUGUGCCAGUAUCAGUGUGUGAAUGAGCCUGGAAAAUUCUCCUGUGUUUGUCCAGAAGGCUACGAGCUACUUGGAUCUCGACUCUGCCAGGAUGUGAAUGAGUGUGAGACUGGCAGUCAUCAGUGUGGAGAAGGACAGGUCUGUGUGAACAUCCAUGGAGGACAUCAGUGUGUGAGCGCCAACCGCUGCCAGGAGCCCUACAUCCAGGUCUCAGAGAAUCGUUGUAUUUGUCCGGUAGUGAAGCCGGAGUGCCGUGAUCUGCCCUUCUCUAUUGUGCAUCGAUACAUGAGCAUCACGUCUGAACGCUCCGUUCCCUCCGACAUCUUCCAGAUUCAGGCCACCAGUGUCUAUCCUGGAGCCUACAACUCCUUCCGCAUCCGAUCUGGAGACCAAAAUGAGGAAUUCUACAUACGGCAAAUCAACAACAUCAGUGCUAUGCUGGUUUUGGCGCGGACCGUGACGGGGCCGAAGGAGUACGUCCUGGACCUGGAGAUGCAGUCGGUAAAUCCACUGAUGAACUACCAGACCAGCUCAGUCCUGCGCCUCGCCGUUUACAUCGGCCCUCAUGUCUUCUGAACACACUGAGAAACAGACGGAGCAACACAAGGUUUUCUCUAGUCAGUCUAUUUCUGCUUUCAUGAGUUGAAAAUUAGCAACACUUUCCUCUAAUUCACAAGCUAAUAAUGUGACUUCGGUCUGUGACUGUGCUUUAUUCUGGGAAGUGUGAACGCAUCUGAACAUUCAUUUAUUCCUCUCACUUUGUCAUCGUAGACUCAUUUUUACACAUCCAGUACAUGAGAAACACAAACACAAAACAAUUUGUUUGAAUCGAGGCAUUGUUUCUUAUUAAUAGCUCAAUACAUUUAAAGUUAUCUAAUCUGCAUGAGAUAUACAUACAGUCCAGCCUUAAAAUGUGUCUGCUGUGUACUUUCCAAAAACACUAACAAACUAAAAACAAAUCCAGAACUGAAAUGAGGUGAAUAUGAGAGGAUUAAAUGAAUUAUGUAAAUAAUCUGAGACACAAUUCUUAGGUAACUUGUUGCAUUUUCUUUAGUAUUUUUCAAUGUCAGAUUUUUGUAUUGAUUUGUCUUUUGAAAUAUUUUUAAUGUUUUAGUAUAUUGAUUUUUUUAUUUACAUAUGUUAAAGUAAAAAUGUUUGAUUAAAUACAAGUAAACUAAAAAAAGCUCUUUAUAUCUUUCUGUUCAUGAUUUUCUUCCUUUUUUGUCUUUCCUUUGGUCAUCUGUAAGUCAGUCAGCCCCAGCUGAAUCAAAAUAUUCCUUUCUGUGUGCAUGCAGAUAUUUUUGUGCAAAUGGACAGGUUAGUAUAUGAAAUGUAUUUCUCAGGUGUCUCCACAUGGUGACAGUGUAGCACUAAUACACACACACACACAUGCUAUAAUUUUACCUUUGUACAAUGAGCUAAAAUAACAGUUAUUAAAGUCACGGCUAAAAGCCAAAGUUCACAAGCGUGUAGCUCUAAAUAACAUCACAUUUACAGGCUCUUUCAGGGCUACUUUAAUCAACCUUUUUAUUGUGAAAAUCCUUGAUUUUAUUGUAAGAAAUUUGUUGUUGGGUGGAUUUAGAUUUAUUGUAAAUUUAUUGUUUCAUGUCAAACAUUUCAAUAAGUUGAUGCACUGCAGGUUAAAAACAAUAAAUCUUUUACUAUUAUAAAAUUAA